CGGAUAGAUUUGUGAACGAGCGCUCGGGUGCGGAUGUGAGAACCGCCCGCUUCAUCUCGUCUCUCUCCAGCCACGAUGAGUUUCUUGUUUAGUGUAAUGGUGCUGAUGCUGAUGGGUCUGUCUGCCUGCAGUGUUGGCCCUAGUAAUUCAUCCAGCAGUUACUGCACAGAGUCUAAAGAAUGUCUUCAGUUUGAUCUCAUCUGUAGGACGGAUCAGUAUGAAGUCCGUCAUUAUUCGGCCACACGGUGGAUCUCUACAGAUGCUGAGGCCUAUUUUCUUGGGGUAGGCGCAGCUAUGGCCUUCAGACGUCUCUACCAUUAUAUAUCUGGAGACAAUAAAGAAGGUUUAAAGUUCGAAAUGACCGCACCGAUACUUGUUGAAGUUCCCGAAGAAACGAAGAUGUGGGAACCGGCGAUCUACACACUCAGCUUCCUGCUUCCAUCGGCCUAUCAGGAGAACCCACCCAUUCCCACCAAUGACAAGCUGUAUUUCUCCAAUAUGCCCGACAUGGACGUGUAUGUUGGGGUUUAUGGGGGCUGGAUGCUGUCAAUCACCUCUCGACUCCACGCCCACUUGCUGACCAAAGCUCUUCUCAAAGUCAAUGCCCACUACAACCACACACAUCACUACGCUGUGGGUUAUGACAGUCCUCUAAAGUUGCUGAACAGACACAAUGAAGUUUGGUACAUUGUAGAAGGAGAUCCAGUUUGUGGAGAAGAUCACCACACAUCUAUAAAUGAUAUCAACUAAACAGGUAUCACGGGAGGUAGAAACAGACAACAAUCCUUCAUGUAGCUUGGCUGGUAGAGACUUGCCAAGGUUACAGGUUCAUUUCUAAUGGAAAGGACAUCACACAUAAUAUGUCCAGCUUGAAUGCACUGUUAGUUGCUUUGGAUGAAAAUUUAAUCUGCGUACAAUAAUGUAGAAAUCAAUAUAUGAGUUUAGUGGUGUUUCAUCUGAUGUUUGUAUUUCAUGUAUCUCAGCUAAAUCAUUUUUCAAACAUAAUACGGUUUAAUUUGCUACACAGCAAAAUCCUCACAGUUAAAUAAACACUGCUGGGUGUAUACCACCAUAUAAUUUCUCUAAUGUAUUUUCUUUGCCAUAACAAACAUGUUUUAAACAUACAACAUUAUAGCAGUUAGAAAAAACUAUCAAGUGAAGAGUCAAGUCCAACUUAAACGAACACUGAUCACCAUAACGGUGACUAUGAAACAGCGAACAUCUAAACUCAAGGUUAGAAAAUAACUCUACAAGAUGUAAAAUGCAAUUUUAGGUUUCAAACAGAGAUUGUGAUGGAGAGGAUAAAGUAACAGAUUGCACUGUUUUGGUGUUACUUUUUAACACACUGUAAGAUUG